CUGAUCACAAAGGGACUAACGCAGGAAAGAAGAUGAAGAGUAUGCUUGCAACGCUUCUCUUGGUCGUCCUGGCUGCCACUGUGGUAAACGCCGGUAUUCACUACGGCGGCUACGGUGGAGGUGGCUACGGCGGUGGCUACGGAGGCGGCUACGGUGGUGGCUACGGAGGAGGCUACGGCAAGGUCAUCGUUCUUCACGGAGGCUACGGUGGUGGCGGAUACGGCGGAGGAUACGGUGGUGGAUACGGCGGCGGUCACGGCUGGUGGUGAUGAUCACUUCGCCUGCGAGAGAUAAGGAAAGCCGGUGGCCGAAGCGACGGCCAUUCCGAGGGCACGAGAUGUGACUGCUAAUCGAACGGAUAACCUCACCUUUGUAAAUAAACCUACGAUUUUAGAAAA